AUGACUUCGGCAUACAGCAAGCUUAAAGAGCUGGCCACAGCAUCGAUUGCCCGGAUCCUGACAGUCUGGGGCUACCUCAGUGCCUUCCUACUGUCCUUCACAAUCAAUCGCGCCUUCUUUGCCUCCGCACUCCUUCCCCUCUACCUUCUGAGCCUUGCAUAUAGGGUCUUGCCCACCCUAUUCUGGAACGCAACGCGGCUACUAUUGCCAAACGGAUGGAAAACGCUUGUGAAAGAUGCGGAGCAAUACCGACAGCGAGUAGACGCGCUAGCUCAAUCACAGCUGGAGGGAAAGUACAAAUUCAAAGAUGACGAGAUCAUCCGGACCGAUCAAAAGGGCAAGGGUUGGAUGGCUAAUAUGCCAUGGAGGGACAACGUGGAGGAGUUGAACGUGUGCGGCGCGACGGCCCGAUAUGUCCACCUGAAACCGAGUUAUCGCAGCAUCGCAACGGAUAACAAGGCCUCCCACCGGCCGAUCGUCUUUCUGCAUGGGAAUCCAAGCUGGAGCUAUAUGUGGAGAAAUGUAUUUCCCGCACUUGUGGAACGAGGACACGAGGUAUAUGCGCUGGACUGGCUCGGACAUGGUCGUAGCGACAAGAUCAUUCGUCCGGAAGCAAUCACCUUUGAGCUACACAUGCGUACCCUGCAGCAAUUCUUCGAAUCUACUGGUCUGGAGAACGCUACUCUUGUGGCUCAUGACUGGGGAGGCUGUGUCGCCUUGUCCACGCUACCUCGACUUCCGACAUCAGCCUGCACCAGUCUUUUCUUAUUGAACUCCUUCCUUCCUCCCCGCAUCAGCGAGAUAAGCGUGCAUCACGCCCUCCUCUACGCAAUUUGGUCCAUGACAACCGAGAUCCUCGGCGGGUGUACCCCCGAAUCAGCAGUCAUGCGCUUCAUGUCUCCAAGUAUCUCACAGAAGGACGUCACCGGCUACGCCGCGCCUUACAGGAAUCUCCCCUCAAACGCCAAGUCCAGUAUCUACCGCUUCUCGCAUAUGGCCCCGGCUACACCCCGCGUCGUCCUGACAAGUUUCCGAUACACAUGGUUGUGGAAACUAGUCGAGGGUUUGGCCGGACCAUCCAACUUCGACAACCUCACUGCUCAGGCGCGACUCUCUCUUCGCAACGAUGAGGUCCGGAGUUUUUGGAAAUCUAGCGAGAGAGCGCGCCAGUUGGAAGUUGCGGUUGUAUUCGGGGACAAGGACCCGUUGUUGAAAGAUUACAAGGAUGUUCUGGUGCGCGCUGUUGAUUCGCGGGUCAUGGUUGACUGGGCCCCUUACGGAGUUUGGCUAGACGGUGCUGGUCAUUAUCCAGCCGAAGAGAAGCCGAAAGCCGUUGGGGACUUGAUUGCUAGGCUUGCCAGAUAUCGCGAACCUACCGUCAUGGGGAGGUAA